AUGCGCAUCUUUUUACUGCUGGUGGCCCUUGUGGCUGCUGUUGCCGCUACCCCGACGCCUGUUAGACAGCAUGCCGCCGAUCAAGAUUUUCUCCAUAAGCAACUAGAUGUCAUCCACAUUCUGGAGCACAUCACUCAGGAAAUUCCAGACCAACACAUUUACAACUUAGGAAAGACCUACGACAUUGAACAUAGCUAUGGCGAUUACAGCGAGCCCCACCUCGUUGAAUACUACGUCGGCCUCGUCAAGCACGGUCAUGUCCAGCCAAGAGGAACCCCCUUUUCAACAAGCGUGAGCCAACUCCGCCAGGAAGUUUCCUUGCUGACCCGUAUGUUCCUUGGAGCCAAGAACUACUCAGUAUUCUUCAAGACUGCUGCUUGGGCCCGCAUCCACGUGAACGAGCACCAGUUCAUCCAGGCCUUCAUCACCGCUCUCCUCCAGCACCCAGAGACCCACGGAAUCAUCCCUCCAGCUCUGUAUGAGAUUCUUCCUCAGCACUACUUUGACGCUCGCGUCAUCCACGAGGCCCAGAAUGUCAGAAUUUACGGAAUGGACAACCCCUUGACUGAGCAGACCGUUGUCAUCCCGGUUAACUACACUGACUAUCUUCCUCAUGGAGAACACCAACUUUCUUACUUCACUCAUGAUAUUGGUCUCGCUCUCUUCCAUGCUUACUUCUCGUUAGCUGGUUACAUGAUCCCUGAAGAUUACAAAGGACACGGCGUUGAAGGAGAAACCCAUCACGGAUACCACAUUGGCCGUGGAUCAAUCUACUACUACGUCCACCACCAAUUGAUGGCCCACUACAACCUCCAGCGACUGUCUCACGGUCUGGGACCAAUCGAGGAAAUCGACUACGAGCACGUACAAACCCCGUACCACCCACACUUGUACCUCACCAACGGACUCCAGUUCGCUGGUCGCUCCCACGACAUCACCCUGACCCCGUACUACGCCGACCUCGUAAGAAACGUGUACGCUCUCGAGCACAGAAUCGUCAACGCGAUAGACUCUGGCUACGUAAUCACCCCUCAGCAAGCCUUUGUCUCUCUCUUCCAUCCUGAAGGACUGAACAUCCUUGGAGAGAUCAUCGAAGGAACCGGAAAAUCCAUAAACCCAAGAUACUACGGCAGCUACCAAGCCGUAGCCCGCCAGCUUCUCGGCAACGCUCCAGAGUUCGCCAACAUCUGGGAAUACACCCCGGCUCCUCUGGACCUCCACGAGACCUCAGUACGCGACCCAGUCUUUUACAAGCUCUACAAACGUGUGAUCAAGUUCUUCCAACGCUACCAGGAGUCUCUCCCCGCUUACCAAUACAACGAUCUCGUAAUUCCUGGAGUAACCAUCGACAAGAUCGUCUUCCCAGACGUCCACACCUACUUCGACACUCAGAUCGUCGAUAUCGACAACGGAAUCUACCAACCGGUCAACAAGCUCGAGCAAGAGAACCUCAAAGUCAAGGCUGAAGUCAAGAGAUUGAACCACAAGCCUUAUGAAUACCAAAUGUUCGUUAACUGCGACAAGCCCAUCAGCAACGCUGUUGUACGCACCUACGUCGACAGCGCAGUUCGUUCUCAAAACCCGUACUACGUCACCGAGCCAUCCCAGAUAUUUGGAUUCCCUGCUAGACUAUCAAUCCCCAAGGGACGUUACGGUGGAUACCCACUCCAGAUCCUCGCCUUUAUUAGCACUCCUGAACACUUAGUUCCUCACUUCGGACCCGUUGUGCCUGCACAAUACCGUACUUACCAGAAACAACACUACCACAUCUUUGAUGAUGAACACUACGAGCCAUACGUCCAGGAACACAAACACGGACAAGGUCUUUAUGAACACGUUGAUGUUGUUCCUCACUACCACGAACACGGUGUCUACGGCCAAGAUGAGCAUGUCUACCAAGGAGAAGAACAUCAAGGAAUCCAUCACACUGAGUACUCAGGACAGUACCAACACCACGUACCAGUCGGACAGACCGUACCUCAAGGACAAUACCAGGGAGUUUACCACCACAGCGGUGCAACCUACCCAUACGUAGCCGGAGGAGCCAAGGAGUACGUCCACGGAGUACACCCGGAAUUACACCACGGACUCCAUCAAGAAAUACACGAGAAGAUCCACCAGGAUAUCGUUGCUGGAAUCCGCCAAGGACUUCAUCCAGUUUACCCUGACGUACACCACGAGGUCCAAAGUGACCAGCCUGCUGGAUACGACCAUUACAAACACAACGUCGAGUACUUGAAGAAUUACUACCACGGCAAACACAUCAGCGAAGUUAUCGGCGGUGUUGUUUCUCUGGAUUACAAACCCCUGGGUUACCCAUUAGACAGACCUCUAUCUCCAAGCGCUUACUACGUGCCCAACAUGAAGGUGGCUUACUUCUCAGUGUACCACCACGACGGUCACGAUGAGCAUCAUCAUGAAACUUACCACCCAACUUAUUAG